UCUGGCUGUGUGUGUGUAUCAGGACCCAGGUGGAGAGUCUGAAGGAGGCAGGGGAGAGCAGGCAGGCCCAACUCAGUGCUUAGCAGAAGGCCAACACACACCAGCAGAGGGCUCAGCAGCUGGAGGCAGAGCUGACCAACCCCAAGGACACACUCAGGACUCUACAGCAGCAGCUGCAGGAGCAGGCUGAUGCCAGCCGGGCACUGCGGGCAGAGCUGUCCCAGGAGCAGACCAGGCUGCAGGAGAGGAACCAGGGGGCCAGGGAGAGAGAGGCCCAGCUGGAGUCAGAGAGAAACCAGCUCAGAACCAACCUGGAAGCAGCUCACAGCCAGCUGAAGGAGCGGGAGAGGACUGUGGGGUGCCUGCAGGAGCGUGUGGUAGAGCUGCAGAGCACCACCCAGAGGCUGCAGGAGGAACAGACAGCCUGCCAGGCUCAGCUGCAGCAGUGCAGGAGGGAGCUGGAGAGCAGGGAGGGCCAGAGCCAGAGCCACAGCCAAGAGAUGAGUGUCCUUCAGGAGACAGUGUCCAGGCUGAGGGAGUGUGUAGAGGAGGCCCAGGCCAACAGCAGGCAGGGGACCAGGGACACAGCAGCAGCACAACACAGCCUCAGAGAGCUGAGACUGGAGCUGGCCUCCACCCAGGCUUCCCAUAGAGAGAGCAUGGAGCUGAUGGCUGAGCAGAGUGGUGAGGCUGCAGGUCUACGUAGUGAGCUGUCCCGCCUGCAGCAGAGGAGCUCCCAGCUGUCAGAGGAGAGAGGGGGCCAGGAGGAGAGGACCAGGCAGCUGGCUGCAGAGCUCCACAGACUACGCACUGCCAGCAGACAGUCACUGGACGAGACUCGGUCCUGUGAGGGCAGGCUGGCAGAGCUGAGUGCCCAGCUGGGGAGGUCUCAGCGCUGGGGCCAGGAGCAGCUGGUAGCCCUGGAGGAGGAGGUGGAGAUGGCUUCUCUCAGGGAGAACUACCAUGUCAAGGUGGCCCAGGUGGAUGCCUUACACUCACAGUGCGAUUCCAUGGAGCACAAGUACAGCACAGCAGCUAAUGAGAUGGAGGUGUUGCGCCAGUCUCUGGGUAACGCUCGUUCAGACAGUUCUCUUCUACACAGGGAGAGUGAGCUGGUGGUAACCAACGUCAACCAGUGGGUGAAGGAGCAGAAGCAAGGCAAUGAAAAACUGAACUUCAAGAUCAAAGACCAGAGCAAAAUGAUCAUCCAUCUCACUGCAGAGAAGGAUCACCUGCAGAAGAGUGUGGAGGGUCUGCAGGAGGAGAUGAAGAGGCUGAAGGCUGAGCUGGAAGAGAGCAGGAUUGAAGCCGAGAAGUUCAGGGCCUCUCAAGCCAGUAUGAGUGACCAGCGCCAGCGCAGUGCCCUGGCCAGACUUCCUGUCCAGCUGCUCCACACAGAUGGGGAGACCCUCCCUGCCCCAGACCAAGAGGAGAGUUCUAGAGAGACUCAGCAGUUUAGAGAACAGAGCCAGUACCAGAGCAGAGACGGAGACAAGCUAGCAGCAGGGGACCUGUUCAGUAGUGUACCGAUCUGCUCUGACUGCGAGAGGAGCUUUGAGUGGUCAGGGAGACAACCUGUGGAGGAGGAAAACUCUGGCUGCCAAUCUGCAUCUGCGCUAGCCCCAGACGCAGCCUGUGCCUGCCUGGCAGGAAGGGGGGCCACGUUUGCUGCGGAGGUGGCCAGAAGAGUGGCCCUUAGGGCCCUGGAGCGCAGACCCCUGCCAUGUGGCCACCACCGUUGGAGCAGACCCGCUCUCUCAGCUGGAACGGGCCACGCCCUACACAUCUCAGGGAGGGACACUGGUGGGUGCUAGUAUGAACCAAUGAGAAGGGAAGUACAGGUAGUUAUUAUGACUCAAGAGAAUACAGCACACAAAUAUAUAUAUUUGAUUUGUAGUUUGAUAGAUAUGAAUACAUGAUUGUUUUAUAUUUAAGAUUAUUUAAUGAGAAUACUAAACUUGAAUAAUUUAAUUUCUUUGGUAUUUUCAGUAUAUCCUUUUUUUCCCUAAAUCUUAUCUUUGUGGCACAAUAUGUUCCCUUUCCUGUGUUCUCGAUGACUUAUUGUGAUUUUGUGGCACUACUACCUUUGCCUUACAAUUUAUUGAGAAAUCGGCUCAGUACUUAAAUUGUAAUUUACAACUUUAUGUAUGAAUGUACAGAAAAUCUGUUGUGAAUAAGUAGACAAUCAUAAUGUAGAACUGGGCUGAAAGAGUAAUGGUAAGAGCUUACAAUCUUACCUGUACAGUAUCUGGGUCCUUCCACCAAUUCGGUGCCUUUUUAGAAGUGUAACUUGUGAUUUCACAAAAUGUUGACAUUCUGUCCUAAAGAGCACAUGUUCAACACGUUGCCAUCUCAAGAGGUUAAAUUUAAAAAAUACUAUAGUUAGUGCCUAUUAAGUACCGAAUAAAUUCUCUGGGUUGAUCGUAUCAGGGUUGACGAUCUCAUCUUAAAUCAGCCAUAAAUCCCCUCGUGACAGUGGGAAUGGAAGCUUGUUGUGUGCAACAGGGAGUGGCAAUUGAAUGCAAGCUUCACACAAAAAAGAAAUCUAAUUGCUUAAACAUUUCUAGCCUGUCUAUCUAUGGGUAACAGGGUUAUUCGUGUUAUGCUCGACCCGUUAGUUUUCUAUCACAAAACAGAAAAUGGCCGAACAAGUAGAACCAGCUCACCUGCUUUUACACUAUGAUUUAACUAUUUGAUGUUCAAGGUUUCUUUUGUAAAGGAAUAGUUUCAACAUAUUCAAACGAGAGGGUUGGCCUUAAAAUGAGGGACAGAUGUAAAUGAAUCACUAAUCAAAUGAAAUAAAUAUCUUCAGAAAUGACUGAAUAGCUAGAGAUUUACAAUGAUGGAGAAAUGUUUGGAUUAAAUGGGUUGAAGUCUUCCUAGAAGUGACACAGGGUUGGUACUUCAGCAAGCCUUUAUUCAUAUUAAAAAUCAGAUUUAUUGAAUUCUCCAUGCGGUCUAUAUUAAAGGGCACUUCAUUGAAUAGAACAGGCUUUUAAAAUCAAUAUUGGUGCACAACUCUUCGUGGAACAACCCAUCUGACGAAUAUUUGUAUCUAUCCAUUCAGGGUUUUGAGUUACAUUUACAUUUUUAUAGAAACCUAGAAAGAAUUAGAAAAAAGUGUCCGGCCUUUUAUUGUGGUAUGAGAAAUAGUCCUGCUUAUUUCUGAGGUUGUCAAAUGAUGAGUUGAUGUCUAGAUCAAAGUCCUAAAAAUGUAUUGGGGAGGGGGAUUUCAUGUUUUCAGUCACCUAGAGCAAUACAUCCUUGAGUUCAUGUAAAUCCUAAUGAAUUGUGUACUCAGAAGUCUUUGUGGCCAAAUAAAAGUCUGGUUAUGGGUUUA